GUUUGUCCUUAAUGUGCUGUAAGGCUCUUUUUAAAAAUUCCUGCACCCUGGAAGUACAGUUCUAAACAUGUUUAUUCAGGAAUAUAUCCCUUAGCAUGCUUUUAGGAUCACAACUGCAGUGGUUUUAUGUUUGAGUAUCUCAUUUGUUUUUGCUUUUUGUACAUAUUGCUAUAGAAAAGGGGCCAUAAAUUAAAUAAACAUAAUUUAAAUUCCAAAGGCUUAAGAUAAUAGGUCAGAAACUAACAAGAAUAAUUAUAAUAGUUGAACACAGUUAUUUCAAUAUUUUAAGUAAUUGUUAAAGCUAUGGUGAAUUUCUCCUCAAUGUCUAUAUUUUUAAAGCAAUGUGUUUUAGGGAGGUUAUCCAUAGCUUUAAACACUCAUUUCCUGGGAAAUUUCAAAUAAAUAUUAUCAGUAGUGUUUAUAUGAUACUUCAAAUAACAGACCUUUCUUCUGCACCAAGAUGAACACACUGUUAUGCCAGGAAAAUGCUACUGGGCAGCAGCAGCAGUGGAAGGUGACCCUGACAGAAGAUCUUUUGCACAUAACGGCAACAGUGCUCACGCCAACUCUGGUUAGUACUGCGCAGAAGGAAGAUGUGGUGAUCCACUUCUGAAUUUUCUUACCUCAAAAACUCUGUGAUGAACAAGAGAUCCUGCCAGAAGAUUGGAAGGGGACUCUAUAAGCUGCUGGGGAAGGGGAAAGAACAAAUGCAAUUGGCACUGUCGCUGAUGAAGCAGCUAGAUCAGAGCAAAAGGAAGGGUAGUGGCCAACAUGUGCAGAGGUGAAGGGAAAGUCUGCUGCUGCGCAACGCGUACAAUUGGGGCACGGAACGUGAGAGGUACGAAUCGAGGCAAACUGGCAAUUGUAAAGCGAGAAAUGGAGAGAGUGACCAUCGCAGUGCUUGGUGUGAGCGAACUAAAGUGCACUGGAAGGGGACAUUUCCAAGCAGACCAACACCAGGCACUUUACUUGGAAGAAAUGGAGCGGCUCCAGUACUGAGGCAAGACGUAGCACAUUUCAUGCAAAAUCCGACAGAAUAACAUCAAACAGAAAUAGCAGAAAGCCUAUCAACACAACCACCAUUCAAGUCUACACUCCAACAAUAGAUGCUGAAGAAGACGAAAUAAAAAACUUCCGUGCUGUGUUCCAGAGGAAAUUGUUAACACAUCAAAGCAAGACAUGCUGUUAACUGUAGAUGACUGGAAUACAGAAGUAGGAAAAAAAGCAGAAUCAAAUUUUGCAGGAAAAUUUGGUCCAGGGGUAAGAAAGGAAGCCGGGAACGACUUGUUGACUUUUGUGAAACUGACAGUCUGUCUGUUGCAAACACAUGCUUCGCAGCACCAUUCAGAUAAUUGUAUGCAUGGACUUCACCAGAUGGCCAACACAGAAAUCCAUCAACUGGAACCAGAAAGUAGAGAAACUGCAUUCUUGCUGCCAAAGCAAGACCAGGAACAGACUGUGAUGUGUUUGUAAAUGUAUAUCAAGCAGGUAGCCAAGAAUGAAGAAAGCAAGCCGGAGCGUUAGUUCAGCACCCAAAGUGCCUGGGAUAAAUAAAAUACAACCCAUGGAAAAAGUCAAAUCAGAGACCAAUUCCACAGUAUCUUCAAUAACAAAACUUUCAAAAACGGGGACAGCAGUGUCAUUAUUGAAGACCAAGAGCAAUGAUGACCUUUCAGCUGGAAUGGCUGGCGGGGUUACUAUGAGCAACGGCAUCAAGGCAAAGAAAAGUACUUGUACUUCUGCUGCAGGGAACAACAUGAACAAUCUGGAUAAUAAAUCUAAGUCUGCUACAGCUACAAAUUCUGCAGCUAAACGUAGCACUUCAGCUGGAAAUAAGGAGUCCAGUUCUUCUCGGGAAAGAAUUCGUGACCGUUCCCGCCUGGCCCAAAGUAAAAAAACGCCAUUAAUUGGGCAGACAAACAAUGAUAAACGCUCCCGUAGCCGUACUAAUGCAGACUCUGAUGUCCGAAUGAGCAAGUCUAAAUCAGACAAUCAGAUCAGUGACAAAGCUGUUCUGGAAGCCAAAGUGAAAGAUCUUCUGACUUUAGCCAAAACAAAAGAUGUUGAAAUCUUACACCUGAGGAAUGAACUCCGAGAGAUGCGUAUUCAGCUAGGCCUGAAUGAAGAUCAGUUUGAGAAAUCUGAGGAAAAGGAAACCAUUGCUGUCCACCAGCCAACUGAUGUAGAAUCCACAUUAUUGCAGUUGCAAGAGCAAAAUACUGCCAUUCGUGAGGAGCUCAACCAGCUGAAAAAUGAGAAUCGGAUGUUGAAGGAUAGGCUAAAUGCAUUGGGAUUUUCUCUGGAGCAAAGGCUGGAUAACUCUGAUAAACUGUUUGGCUACCAGUCUUUGAGUCCAGAAAUGACAGUUGGAACCCAUAGUGAUGGUGGUGGUGCUUUUACAUCCUCAGUAGAAGGAUCUGCUCCUGGUUCAAUGGAAGACCUUUUGAGUCAGGAUGAGAACACCUUAAUGGACAAUCAACACAGCAACUCCAUGGAUAACUUGGAUAGUGAGUGUAGUGAAGUUUAUCAGCCACUCACUUCAAGUGAUGAUGCCUUAGAUGCGCCAUCUUCUUCAGAGUCUGAAGGUGUUCCUAGCAUAGAAAGGUCAAGGAAAGGGAGCAGUGGCAAUGCCAGCGAAGUAUCAGUGGCUUGCCUGACAGAAAGGAUACACCAGAUGGAAGAGAACCAGCACAGUACAGCUGAAGAACUUCAAGCAACACUUCAGGAACUUGCAGACUUGCAGCAAAUUACUCAGGAGCUGAACAGUGAGAAUGAAAGACUUGGAGAGGAAAAAGUUAUCCUUAUGGAAUCCUUGUGCCAGCAGAGUGAUAAAUUGGAACACUUUAGUCGACAAAUCGAGUAUUUCCGCUCUCUUUUGGAUGAGCAUUGCAUAUCCUAUGUUAUUGAUGAAGACAUGAAAAGUGGACGCUACAUGGAGUUAGAGCAACGGUACAUGGACCUUGCAGAGAAUGCACGUUUUGAAAGAGAGCAACUUCUUGGUGUCCAACAGCAUCUGAGCAACACUUUGAAGAUGGCAGAACAAGAUAACAAGGAAGCUCAGGAAAUGAUAGGAGCACUAAAGGAACGGAAUCACCAUAUGGAACGAAUUAUUGAGUCAGAACAGAAAAGCAAAACCUCUCUAGCAGCCACCUUGGAUGAGUACAAAGCCACAGUAGCCAGUGACCAGAUUGAGAUGAACAGACUAAAAGCCCAGUUGGAGCAUGAGAAACAGAAAGUAGCUGAGCUGUAUUCCAUACACAAUUCUAGUGACAAAUCAGACAUGCAGGACUUGCUGGAGAGUGUCAGGCUUGAUAAGGAAAAAGCAGAGACAUUAGUCAAUGGCCUACAAGAGGAGCUAGCUCACACACGUAAUGAUGCAAAUCGCCUGCAAGACUCCAUUGCAAAGAUAGAAGAUGAAUAUAGAGCUUUCCAAGAAGAGGCAAAGAAGCAAAUUGAGGAACUGAAUAUGACCUUAGAAAAACUUCGGACAGAGCUGGAGGAAAAAGAAACUGAAAGAAGUGAUAUGAAGGAAACUAUAUUUGAAUUGGAAGAUGAAGUGGAGCAGCAUCGAGCUGUGAAACUGCAUGAUAAUCUCAUUAUAUCUGACUUGGAGAAUACUGUUAAAAAGCUUCAAGACCAAAAGCAUGACAUGGAAAGGGAGAUUAAGACUCUGCACAGGCGACUCAGGGAGGAAUCUGCAGAAUGGCGGCAGUUCCAAGCUGAUUUGCAGACAGCUGUGGUCAUAGCAAAUGAUAUAAAAUCUGAGGCCCAGGAAGAAAUUGGAGACUUAAAGCGCAGACUGCAUGAAACUCAAGAGAAGAAUGAGAAACUCACAAAAGAAUUGGAAGAAAUAAAAUCACGCAAGCAAGAAGAGGAACGCGGCAGAGUUUACAACUACAUGAAUGCUGUAGAAAGAGACUUAGCUGCUCUGAGGCAAGGAAUGGGGUUGAGCCGCAGAUCAUCCACUUCUUCUGAGCCUACCCCCACCGUCAAAACGCUUAUCAAAUCCUUUGACAGUGCCUCACAAGUGCCUAGUCCUGCUGCAGCUACAAUUCCUCGUACCCCCCUGAGCCCAAGUCCCCUCAAAACUCCUCCAGCAGCUGCAGUAUCCCCAAUGCAGAGACAUUCCAUAAGUGGACCAAUUUCUGCUUCUAAACCACUUACCACACUGUCAGACAAAAGACCAAGCUAUGCAGAAAUUCCAGUUCAAGAUCACUUGCUGAGAACGGCCUCAGCCAGCAGACCUGCUGCACUGCCAAGAGUUCCUGCUAUGGAAAGUGCCAAAUCCAUCUCUGUGUCUCGGCGAAGCAGUGAAGAAAUGAAGCGGGACAUUACUGCUCCCGAUGGAGCAUCUCCAGCCUCCCUUAUAGCCAUAGGGACUACUUCACCACAGCUGUCCCUUUCAUCUUCCCCUACAGCAUCUAUCACCCCUACGACCCGCAAUCGAAUAAGAUGUCCUGCCAGUAGUGCCUCACGAAGACGAGGAUGUGGACCAAGUGGCAGCUCUGCAGAUGUCGGGAGCUCUGGCCAGGGGGCUGUUGAUGUGGCCAGGGCUCGUGGAAUGGUCAUGAGGGCAUGCCGCAAGGAGGAGUCCUGCCAUCUUGUAAACUAGUUCAUGGUGCUGGAGACCCGUCUGGCUGUUCUCUGUGAUGAUACGGGAUCUCCCUUUUUGUGGCUGUCAUAGCACACAAAGAGCUUGGGGGAAUGGCAGAGUGCUUCUGUCCUGGCUUUGUAGAAGGCAGGAGUUCUCUUCAUGUCCAGUAGAUGCAGAGUGGACUCUAUCCAAGUGGACGGGUUGUGAAGAAGGCCAGGAGGGUGAUGUCUUGGUUAUGUGGAAGGAGGAGGUGAUCUUUUUUUUAACUUUUGUAUGCCAUCCUUUAUAUAAAUAUCUCAGACCUUGGGCCUGAAAGCUGAUCAGGGCAGAGAACAGCCUUGUCCCUGUGGAAGGUGAGGUCGGGGAUGUCCACUUGGAGUGUGAUGAACCUGCUGAUGCAUCAGGCUGAUGUGAUGGCUAUGAGGAAAGCCAUUUUUCAAGACAUGAGGUGCAAGUCCAUUGUGGCAAGGGGCUCAAAGGACUUGCAGGACAACCAGCAGGGUCCAAGGAAGAGGUGAUUGUGUGAAGCUCCUCAGGAAACUGUGGAGAUCGGGGGUAUGUGAACGUGGAGGCCACCUUGAUUUAUGGAUGGAAGGAUGAGAUGGCUGCUAGGUAUGCACAGAUGGAUGAUUUUUUUGGCUUCUUUUUGGCUCUGGCCUCUUGGCAGAGCAGCAGAGGCACAGGC